GUAAUUACGUUUGGUUGUUUGUUUAACUUAUGUAACCUUUAAAAUCAAUUAAAUUGAGGUAUUCCUUUUUUAAAAAAAGAAAUGAAUUGAAAUUCACAAAGCAUGACAAAUCAGAGCAUUUUUAUUAUCCAAAACUAAACAAGCAACUUUAUAAUGCGAACACCACGUUGCCCUAAGUAGGAUAUCCCAUUCUUCUAGGGGACAAGGUGGAGCAUUCAUUUUAGAUGAACUCGGUGAUCAUGGCAAAGGGCGAGUGAAAAAAAUGCAGUUGCACGCAUGAAAACAAACCUGCCAGUUGACUUAGUAUAGAUGAUCUCAGUUACUAGUGGGCAUUUUAAAAUCAAAUGUAAAAUUUCAGCAUAACUAAUGCAAGAAGGCGUCAGGCAAGAGUGGGAUGAUUCAACAAAUUCUUACUUAUAAGUGAACAAAGCCUCAUCUAUUAAUCCUCUAUCCUCCAUGCAUACACAUUUCAUUUUCGUGAUGCUACUACUUACCACUUACGAAGGUAACAAAAUAUCUCCUAUAAAUUAGCUGGGGAAGUUAAUACGAGGCAUAUUACUGACAAUGGGAACUCAUGAAGUAGAAUGCUCACAACAAGAAGAAGAAGGUGAACAAAUUUUCCGGAGUAGAUAUCCUCCGGUCCAAGUACCAGACAACGUGACUCUCCCCGAUUUUGUGCUUCACAAUGUAGAGUUAUACGCUGACAAACUGGCAUUUGUGGAUGCUACCACUAGCAAAGGCUGCACUUACGGCGAAGUUGCAAGAGACAUAAGGAGGUUUGCCAAGGCCUUGAGUUCCCUUGGCUUAAGAAAAGGAAGGGUUGUGUUGGUAGUACUCCCAAAUGUACCAGAAUAUGCUAUUGUUGCUCUUGGAAUCAUGGCUGCUGGUGGUGUCUUCUCUGGUGCAAAUCCAGCAGCUCAUUCAUCGGAAAUUAUGAAACAAGUUGAAUCUGCUGAUGGCAAGCUUAUUGUCUCGGAUCUACCAACCUAUCACAAGGUAAAAGAUUGUGGGCUGCCAGUAAUCAUACUAGGCGAAGAACGUGUAGAAGGAACAAUUCAUUGGGAUGAAUUGCUCGAAGCUGCAGAUCGUGCCAGUUCCAGAACUGAUCACCUAACAGACCAAGAAGAUGAAAUUGUGCAGCAAACUGAUUUAUGUGCACUGCCCUUUUCAUCAGGCACGACAGGACUAUCCAAGGGCGUGAUGUUAACUCAUAGGAAUCUAGUAGCAAACCUCUGCUCUACUCUCUUCAGUAUUAGUCCAGAAAUGAUUGGCCAAGUUACAACACUAGGUCUAAUACCAUUCUUUCACAUUUAUGGUAUAACCGGAAUCUGUUGUGCAACUAUUAGGAACAAAGGCAAAGUGGUUGUCAUGCGUAGGUACGAACUGAGGGCAUUUCUAAAUGCACUCAUCACACAUGAAGUCACAUUUGCACCUAUCGUGCCACCUAUCAUCUUAGCACUUGUUAAGAAUCCGAUCGUUGAUGAAUUUGAUCUAAAAAAACUUAAGCUUAGAUCCAUUAUGACAGCAGCUGCACCACUUGCCCCUGAGAUUCUUAAUGAAUUUGAGAAGAAAUUUCCUGAUGUUCAAGUCCAAGAGGCAUACGGGAUGACUGAACACAGCUGCAUUACUCUUUCCCAUAGCGACCAACAUAUUGCUAAAAGAAAUUCUGUUGGUUUUAUUCUGCCUAAUUUGGAGGUAAAGUUCGUUGAUCCUGAUACCGGUAGAUCUUUCCCCAAAAACACACCAGGCGAGAUAUGUGUCAAAAGCCAAUGUGUUAUGAAAGGUUACUACAAAAAUGAAUCUGAGACUUGCCUUACCAUUGACAAGUAUGGGUGGCUUCACACUGGUGACAUUGGCUACAUUGACGAUGAUGGAGACAUCUUCCUAGUGGAUCGUAUCAAAGAGCUUAUCAAGUACAAGGGAUUCCAAGUUGCUCCAGCGGAGUUAGAGGGGAUCCUUCUCACACAUCCUUCAGUGGAAGAUGCUGCAGUAGUUGGGCUGCCAGAUGAAGAAGCAGGAGAGAUACCAGCGGCAUGGGUAGUCUUGAACUCAAAAGCAAAAGAAAGCAAUGAGGAUAUUAUCAACUACAUUGCAUCGACUGUUGCACACUACAAACGAGUGAGAAUGGUGCAGUUUGUGGAUAGUAUUCCGAAAUCUCCUUCAGGAAAAAUAAUGAGAAGACUUAUCAAGGAAAAGAUGCUAGAAAGACUUAAAGAGGCACAGAGUAAUGUUCCAAAUACAUAAUGCCUGCUCUUUUACGUCUUUAAAUCUGAAACUUUACUGGAAAUGGACAACUUACUCCAGAAGAAUAAUAAAACACAAUGAUGUUAUUUCAUAUUCAAAUAUGAGAUUUAAUCAUAGAUUGUAAAAGACAUUGGACGAAAUGAGGAUGCUUCCUUUUUAUGUUUGUAAUGCAGGUUGAGCAAACUGUAUUUUUUUCCAAGGCAAUCUUGAAAUCCCAAAUUUAUGUA